AAUGAAUGUUUUUGAGAACUGGUCACACCCACGCAACACGAUGUUGCUGAUUUUAGCUAAUUGGAAAUAUGCAUUUGAAUCCUGAACGCUUAGAGUAUUACCAAAAGCGUUUAAGCCAACUUUUGCAGAAUGCCACACAACAUAUACGCAGCUAUCACAACGAGUUGACCACCCUAAAAGGUCCCCAACUAAUUGAGCAGACGCAAAAUUUAUGGGAACUAAGUCAACGGUAUCGGUUGGUGGCCAGCUCAAAUGCUUCUGCCGGUCUUGCUUUGCUUUCAGCAUGUCAGGAUGUUUUUACAGCCAUCUAUGAAACAAUUUCCCAACUAAAUGAAGAUCUAAUUGAGUUGGCCAAAGAUGUGAAAGAGUUUCAACUGGAAUGUCGCUCCUUGCAGGCAGAACAGGAUGAUGAAUGGAGUCAUCUGGUCGACUGGAACACUUGGCUAAAAAAGACUUUAAUUGUUUUCCAGACUCAGGCCAAAUAUUUGGAGUUAAGUAUGCGUUCCAUGCUGCCAAAACGUAUAGAAAAUUCCGUUGUGGAGCAGUUUAGAAAAGAUUUACAAUUACCCGAGAAUUAUGUAGCCUCCAUUUAUCUUGGUUUGGCUAAAGCCCAUUUAAAACCCGGAAUGCUUCUCCCGACCAGAUAAUAAUGGCUAACCACCAGAUGUUUUCCUGCCUGAUUCAUCCAUGUUUUCCCAAAGGGUUCUUACCAUAUAAGAUUUAAAUUGGCAAAUUUAAAAAAGAAACUGGAAUACAUAAAUAAAUAUAGCUCUAGAUUUUAUUUAUCAAAAUAUA